AUGGCCGACGAUGAUAAUCUAAAUCUUUCGCUGACGUGUGCAAUUUGUUUAGAUGUAGCUUCAGCAGAUAAUGCAGUAGAAACAUCUUGUUGUCAUCACCUAUUUUGUUUACCUUGCAUUGAAAAUGUCGAACCAUGCCCUACUUGUCGUACCGAAAAUUAUCAAACGACUCCUGCUUAUUUUGCUCGUCGUCUCAUUGGUAAUCUGACUGUAAUGUGUCCUAAUGAUGGCUGUACAGUUAAAGUUAGCCGUUCAAAUUUAGCUAAUCAUCUAGCUGUUCAGUGUUCUUAUAGUUCAAUAACAUGUCCUGAUCCAGAAUGUCAAAAUUUUAAAUGUCCAAAAAAGUUUUUUCUCGAACAUUUAACAAAUAAACAUGAACAAUUUUUACUCGAUAAUUAUGAAAAAUUAUGGGAGAAACCAGAAAAUAUUGAACGAGUGACCAUAAUACACACGGAUGAAAGACCACAAAUUCUUGUUGAAGCUCCUGCACCUAGUAAUAAUGUCGAAUUCGAUGAUCGACUUGAAAGAACUCAAAAUAAAUUUGGUCGAUAUGCACGUUUAGGUAGUUCUGGUAAAUUUUAUUGUGGUGGUGAAUUAGAUGGUUUUCAAUGUUCAUGUUGCAAUGGUAAAUGUGGAACAUCAAAUGGUUGUAAUUGUUCGGGAUGUAUGUUGCUUGAUGUUCAAAAACGUCAAUUACCACGUGGAUGGUUAGUUAAUCGUGAUGGAGCAUCAGCCAGAUGUAGUCGAGUAGAAACAACAAAAUUUUAUUGUGGUCGAAUGGUAAUGACACAUGAUAGAAGAACGGAUGGAUAUUGUGGACCUACUGAUGGAGAACAGUGUAUGGCAUGUCAGAAACUAAAUGAACAACAAUAUCGAAGAUAUGGAGAAAUUUAA